AAUAAUGUUCAGUUAACAGGCUCAGAAUCAAACUUCCUGCCUCUUUCUCAUUGUUAUACAAAAGGGAGGAUAUUGUAGUUUUAACUCACUAUGAAGAUAUCUGUCGAAGACAUGACACCUGACUGGAGGAGUCCUCUCUUUGUUUUACUGGUGGCACUGAUGGGUGCACCUUGCUCCCAGGCCUGGUUGCAGAUUACCUGGACAGGUGAUAUAACAGCUGGUUUUAGUACCACUCUCACCUGUUCUUCUUCAUGCCUCCAAAACUGCAACUACACCUGGUCCUUAAAGGGCCAGAAUGUCAUCGGGAAUACACUGACCUGGACACCAGAUGGAGUGGAGAGUACAGUGGAGAUACGGUGCACAGUGUUUAAUCCUGAAACAAGCGUCUCCACCAGUACAACCACUAUUGCAGAUGUCAACAAUCCAUUGUUUGUGCAAAUCAGGCCACCAAACACUGUCUUGCCUCUAAACAAGUCCUUAGACCUAGUCUGCCGUGAUGCCACAUCAGGUGACCUUUCAGGCCCCUCAAACUGGAUGAACCAGGUAGUUUCCUGGUACAAAGAUGGACAGAGAGUGACCCUGAGUGAAAAUAUACAGCUGCUGCAAAAUAAUCUCACACUUCACUUCAACUCACUGCUGCCCUCUGAUGCUGGAUUCUACCAAUGUGAGAUGUCUGCAGAACAGCUGAGAGUUAUCAGCCUGGGAUAUCUACUAAACUUUGAUCCGUGGAACAUCAGCAUCAGUGGCCCUGACACAGUGUUUCCUGGCAGAUUGAGUAAAUUCACCUGCUUGACAAGCUGCACCAUAAAUGUAGACUGCACUGUGAAAUGGCAGUUCAGAGGAGGUUUCCCCCUUGGGACCUAUUUAUCAAUGAAUGGAAAUGAGCUCAGUUGGACCCCUUCCAUUCCUGGUACUUUUCAAAACAUCACCUGUGUGGCAGAAAAUGCAGCUGCCGGACGCUCCGCUGAGGCCACCAAGAUGGUAGAAGUUACAGGUGUUCCUGUCUCUGGUUCAGAGUUGGUGCAGCUCAAUGGACUUUUUGCAGUGAUCCUCAGCCUGGGAUUGCUGAUUCUUGUUGAAUCAUAGAGCUGCUUACUGUUAAAGCUAACGAGUGUACAUUCCCUUUAUAAAGAUGUAUUCAAUUCCCCUUUGUUCUGAUGAAAAAACAUGUGAAUGGAACUUUUUGGGGGUUUAAAACACACUGCGUUUGCAUUUUUGAUGUGAGCAACGACCACUAAAAACAGCAAAGCAAGAGAACAAGUUGAAAGAUGUAGAAAUAAACUUUUAGACUUCAUCUUUAUCAAAACAGA